UUUUGUUUUUUUGCUCAAACGGAUAUCGAACUGGUGGUUAAGCUCAGACUAAGGUGUGCACGCACCUAGGUGGCGCGUAAUGACCGUAGUAAACGACAGAAGAAAGUUGCGGACUUGCGGGCGUUCCAAAGGGUAAAGCUGAAGCAAACCGCAACUGUAUUCACCAAACGACAACAAAAACCGCCUCUACUUUUGUCUUCCUUCUCCCGCUUUCUCUUUGUGCAUCUGCAAUGAGAGGAAUUUUCUGAAUAUGCCUUAUGACUCGUAUUUUUCAUUUUCAUUUUCAUCGCUCUCUUCCUUAACUAUGCGAUCUCUAUAUUACAACCAUCAUUUCUCUCUGUUAGACCGAUUUUCACUUACAAACCGCCGCUCUCUUCCGCCGUCGAAUUCAUUCCACCGUUUUAAGUUAAAUUUAUCAAAUGCUAGAAAGCGUGGGUUCCGAUUGCAACAUAGGAAUGUUCAAGUUGGAGCCUUUGAUGAUGACUUUGGUGUAUCCUUUGAUGAUUGGACUGAUAAUGAGGCUUCGGCUGCUGCUGGUGCCUAUUUGAUAUCGUCCAGCGACGAUGACAGUGAUGGAGAUUAUAUGUUGAAUCCAGUUAGUGAUAUCGAUUUGCCUUCUUCUAGUGUUUCGAGUCAUGAUUCUCUUACGGUAACUGCUCACAGGCUAGCCAUCAUUGCGAAAGAACGAAGAAAACAUAGGAUGAGACUUGGAAUUUUUAAUAAUAUGGGAUUGAUUGGCUUUGCGAUGUUGCUUCUUUUUUUUGUCGAUUGGUGUGCAUGGAAGAUUGUCAGAUUACCUCUUUCUCCUUUGCACUUGUCCCGUCCUUUUCUCACUUCAAUAGCUUUAGCAUCUAUAGCGGGUUAUGUUAGCGUCCCUUUUCUCAACACUAUGAAGAUUCAUCAAGUUAUAAGUGAAAAAAGGCGGCCAGAUAGACACUUCAAGAAAAGGCAAACCCCCACGAUGGGUGGUUUGUUUUUCAUACCAAUUGGAGUAGGAGUUGCAAUAUUCUUAGCUGGUUUCUCUUCUGUUGAAGUUUAUGGAGCAGCAGUGGCAACUCUAGCAUUUGCUGCUAUUGGUUUGUUAGAUGAUAUUUUAAGUCUCACGAAGAAUCAUCAUAAAGGGUUACCUUCUUGGACAAAAUUAUUAUUGGAGGCUGCUGUUGGGACUUUGUUUGCACUUUGGUUGGAUGCCACGAGCAUAUCAUCACCCUACAGCAUGAAAAUGUUAAUUCCUCUACCUGGACAACUGGGUCUUGUAUGCCUUGGAAAAUGUUAUUUAUUGCUGACUUCCUUUUGUUUUGUCUCCAUGGGAAGUGGAAUUGACUUAACUGACAGUCUUGAUGGCCUAGCUGGUGGAACUGCUGCAUUGGCUUUAAUUGGAAUGUCAAUCGCAGUGCUACCAAUAUGUCCUGAACUAGCAAUUUUUGGAUCAUCAAUGGCAGGAGCUUGUGUUGGUUUUCUGUUGCACAAUCGAUACAAGGCAUCUGUAUUUAUGGGAGAUACAGGAUCCCUGGCAUUAGGAGGUGCAUUAGCCUCAAUGGCUGCUUGUAGUGGAAUGUUCUUUCCCUUGUUUAUUUCAUCCGGAUUCAUUUUUUUGGAAGCGUCUUCAGUAAUUAUGCAGGUAGCAUACUUCAAGGCAACCAAACGAUUGAAGGGUAUUGGGCAGCGGUUGUUUCGGAUGACACCUUUUCACCAUCACCUUGAAUUAUGUGGGUUCAAGGAGCCAAGAAUUGUUGCUGGUGCAUAUGCUGCAUCAUGCCUUCUGGCUUUAAUUGCAGGGUACGUCGGUCUAAUAUCCGCUUAGAUAUUCAAAGUAUUUUGCAAGUCCACUAUUAUUUUUUGUAGUUAGGGUCAACUAUAAAUAGAAUUUUCUAUUCUUUAUUUUGAUGAGUUGAUUACAGAGAGGAAUUUAAUUUCCUGUAUAAUUUGAGUUUAGGCUUGCCUAUUUUGUUUCUUUUUCGAACUGUAUUUAUGGUUAUGUCAUUUGACUUUCCUGAUUUUAAUCAUAGUGUAACACGCCAUUUGUUCUUUCAGAA